AUGGCUCGACCAAACGCAUUUUUAACAAUUUCUUUAAUAAUAAUAAUAUUUUUAUUUCUUACUUCAUCUAAAAACAUUUCAAAAAUUUACGAAAUCGACAACAAAAAGCAAAAUGAAACACAAGAAGAAAAUCGAAGAGUGAAUGAGAUAUUUUUAGAAAUGAAGAAAAGCUUGAUGAAUUGGAUAACAAAUGAUCCCAAAGAAAAAUUAUUUUAUCCACCACAUUCAGCAAUUACUAUUCAACAAAUCAAUUUACUUUUAAUGAUAAGUCUGCAAAUUGAGCGAAAAGACAUUACUCAAUAA